UACACUUGUCUCAGGUGUGUUUUGUGCACAAAACUUCUCAAUUUCCAAACUGAAAAUACGUGUCAUUUAUUGACCUUAAAAGCUUGUUGUUGGCGCCAAUUUAAAGAACAAUUGUUAUAUUUCCCGCUCAACAAAUAAAAUAAUAAUUAAUGUAUCCAAUAAUAGCCGGUUUUAAUAAAUAAAUGAUGCCUUGUUGGAGUCGCCAUUUUGAGCUGACUAAAAAUUUGUCGUCGAUGUAGUUAUGUGUAAAUGAUUUUAAUGUUAGUGUGUUUAAAAUUGUGGAACAAUUAAUAAAAUACGUGUAAUAUUCAUAUAUUUAAUAAUAUAUAAUUAUGACGCAGCAAAACAGUACAGUCAAUUUAUUAAUUCAUGAUGCAAAUGGUCAACCCCAGAUGAUUAAAGUGGUACAAAGCACCCCUGGUAAAGCUUUAAGUCAACUGGUAAAGAACAGUUUUUCUGGGACACCUGUGAAAACUGUUUUUAAAACAGCAACGAGUCAAGAAAGUGGACAGAGUAUAUUAACUGCGGGGUCACAAGUUUUCACUUUUAAAGGAGAUGGUUCUAAACUAAGCUCAAGAAUUGUACAUUUACAACCUGUUGGACAAAAAAUAGACGGUCAAACAUUACAAAAGAUACGAGUAACUACUUCGCAAGUGCCUCAAACGGGAGGGCUGAAAGUUAUAAAUUCGACGCAGCAAAAAGUGGCUCAACAACAUCAUCAACAACAGCAACAACAACAACAACAACAACAACACCAACAACAAAUACAACAACAAACACAACAACAGCAACAAACGAGUUCAGUAUCACAAGGGAAAAAUAAGACAUAUCUAAUAUCCCCCAUAUUGGAUCAUACUGGUGCCAGAAAACGACAUGAUGUGGAUAGUGAAUAUAGUCAACCAGAGUACAAACGUCGAAAAACAGAAAAAUUGGGUAAAGGUCUUAGACAUUUUUCAAUGAAAGUAUGUGAAAAAGUUAGAAAAAAAGGUACAACAUCUUACAAUGAGGUAGCUGAUGAAUUAGUUGCUGAAUUUACAAAUCCGUCAAAUAUAAAUAAUUCAUCUGCUGAACAAUAUGAUCAAAAGAAUAUUAGGCGAAGAGUAUAUGAUGCCUUAAAUGUAUUAAUGGCAAUGAAUAUAAUAUCCAAAGAGAAGAAAGAAAUCCGAUGGUUGGGUUUACCAACAAAUUCAUUACAAGAAUGUUUACAAUUAGAAAAAGAGAAGCAGAAAAAAAUAGAUAGUAUCAAACAAAAAACACAACAAUUACGUGAUCUCAUUUAUCAACAAAUAUCAUUUAAGAAUUUAGUGGAAAGAAAUCGUGAACAACAAAGACAUUUUGGUGUACCACCAAUUAAUUCAACUAUACCGUUGCCUUUUAUUAUAGUUAAUACCGACAAGAAAACAUCUGUAGAAUGCAGUAUUUCAAAUGAUAAAAUGGAGUACAGCUUUACAUUUGAUGAUAUGUUUGAAAUAAAUGAUGACAUAGAAGUUUUGAAAAGAAUUGGAAUGCUUAUGGGUUUGGAUAAAGGACAAAUAAGUGAAGAAAAUAUCAGAAAGGCGAAAAGCAUGUUACCAAAAUCUUUAGAAAAAUAUGUUGAACAAUUAGCACAUGGCAUAGAAGAUCCAACAAUUGAUGAUAUAUUAUCAUCAGCGGGGCCAGGGCCUAGUUGCAGUAAACUGGAACCACUUCCUACUGAAUUUGUAGAAACACAUUUAGCAUGUGAAGGUGACACUUCACAUCAAUCAUCAUAUUCAGAUCCACUCUCACCGAAUCAUUCUCAAGAUUUUUCCGACGAUGAACAAGAUUCUGAUGAGCCAUCAAGCGAUGAUAUUGAUAUCAACUAGCUACAACUAUGGUGCAGACUGAUAUAUUUAAUUGUAAUAACAUUAUUGCGGUUUUCUUAUCUCAAAACGAAUAUUUUAAGCGUUUUUGAAGAUGAUUGUGUUUGUAGUCUUGAAAGAACAAAAAAAUCAUUCUGUAUUCAUAGUCAAUAGUGGAA